AUGAAGGAUAAGCCCAAGUACGAGCCUCCGCCACGACCUACGACCCGAGUCGGUCGCAAGAAGAGAAAGGCUGGCGGUACCAGCGCCGCCGCCAAGCUUCCCGCCGUCUUCCCUACCAGCCGAUGCAAGCUCCGCCUCCUCCGAAUGCAGCGAAUCCACGAUCACCUUUUGCUCGAGGAAGAGUACGUCGAGAACCAGGAGCGCCUGCGUAAAGCCAAGGCCGCCAAGGAGGGAGCUGUGGCUGGCCCCGAGGCCGACGCCGACCGGUUAGCCGACGAGCGUGGCCGUGUCGAUGACAUGCGUGGAAGCCCCAUGGGAGUUGGAACUUUGGAGGAGUUGAUCGACGACGACCAUGCCAUCGUCAGUAGCACGACAGGGCCUGAGUACUACGUUAGCAUCAUGAGCUUCGUCGACAAGGAUCUCCUCGAGCCCGGUGCCAGUGUCUUGUUGCACCACAAGAGCGUGAGCAUCGUUGGUGUGUUGACGGACGAUGCCGAUCCCAUCGUCAGCGUGAUGAAGCUCGACAAGGCACCCACGGAGUCAUAUGCCGAUAUUGGUGGUCUGGAGCAGCAGAUUCAAGAAGUCAGGGAGUCGGUAGAGUUGCCACUUCUCCAUCCCGAGCUCUACGAGGAGAUGGGUAUCAAGCCUCCGAAGGGUGUCAUUCUCUACGGUGCUCCCGGAACCGGAAAGACGCUGCUUGCCAAGGCCGUCGCCAACCAGACCUCUGCCACUUUCCUGCGUAUUGUGGGUAGUGAGUUGAUCCAGAAGUACCUCGGUGACGGUCCUCGACUUGUGCGACAGCUCUUCCAGGUUGCGGGUGAAAACGCGCCUUCCAUCGUCUUCAUCGACGAAAUCGAUGCCAUUGGUACGAAGCGAUACGAGUCCACCUCGGGCGGUGAGCGAGAAGUCCAGCGAACCAUGCUGGAGCUUCUGAACCAGCUCGACGGUUUCGACGACCGAGGCGACGUUAAGGUCAUUAUGGCUACCAACAAGAUCGAGAGUCUAGACCCUGCCCUGAUCCGACCCGGACGUAUCGACCGAAAGAUCCUGUUCGAGAACCCCGACCAGAUGACGAAGCGAAAGAUCUUUACUCUGCACACAUCCAAGAUGAGCCUCAACGAAGACGUCGACCUGGAGGAGUUCAUCUCGCAGAAGGACGACCUCUCGGGUGCCGACAUCAAGGCCAUCUGCUCUGAGGCCGGUCUGUUGGCGCUCCGAGAACGCCGCAUGCGGGUACAGAUGGCGGAUUUCCGGUCAGCGCGUGAGAGAGUGCUCCGCACGAAACAGGAGGGCGAGCCGGAGGGUCUGUAUUUGUAAUGUAUCACCGUACGGGUUGGCGGAUAGACGAGGGAGGGUCGGCCUCAUAAUGAGGAAUAGAAUACUGCGAUGACUGGUUGGUAUUCACUUAUUUUCGUUUCCUCCGUGAUGACAAUGCCAAGCAACACGCUCGGAUUUUCAUACGAGUUAAGACGGGUCCAAAUUACAUGGCAGCAGUUGAGCGCAACGGGAGACAGCACAAUGAUGAAGAGAACCUUGAGUCGUAAUUAUUCGCAGUCAUCCAUCGUUCCAGAAGAGAAUCGUCAAGCACGUUCCCAGGAUCCCAUCCCUUUUGAUCAAUCCGUAAAGUAGCCAGCCAAACCAGGUUGGACGAAACCCGUCAAGACUCCCUGGGUAUCCCAUACCAUAACCGGCAGUCGUAAUCGUCCAAGCAAAGCCAUUCCAUCCAUAUCCUCCUACGCCAUCCCACCC